CUGAGAGGUAGUAUUUCGAAAUUCUUUUCUUUGGAAAUACCAGUUUAUGUUUAAUAGUUAUUGCAAUAUAUUCCUAGGCAUUUACAAAUAGUAUAGUAUUUGUAAUUGGCAUUGUAUGCUGUGGAUAUCUGAAAGAACACUGCUGAAAGAUGGGGGAGUUCUUUGACAACAACCGUUGUUUGUUGAUGAUAGUUGGAGGGGGGUUUGUGUUAGUGGCCGCGAUUUUGGUCAUCGUGCUUCCUAUGAGCUUUUCCACCCUCGAAUACCAUGAGUAUGGCUUCAAAAGACAGAAAAGUACAGGGUCAGUUGACACAACAACGGUUUACUCGGGUGGCAAAUACCUCAUUGGUCCAGAUGCUGAAUUUAAGGUUUUCCGAGCGGACGCACAUUUUCUGUCCGUAUAUGACAUUACCGUGUUCACCUAUGACAAAUUAGAGGUCAAGGUCACAGCCAAUUUUCAGUAUUUUCUAAGGAAAGAUGAGCUGCCCCUUCUCCACGAUGCUUAUGACCUGUACUAUGAAGACGUCAUGAAGUCCAACGCUGUUGAUGCAUUGAAGGGAGCGAUUACAACGUUUAACACGCGUGACUUGUUCUCCAAGCGUGCGGAGGCUGAAGAAAUGAUUGGGAAAGCUGUCAGUCAGAGACUGGGUGGGACUUGUUGUAGGAAAGAUUGUAAUGAGUACAGAUGGGCGUGUGUACAAGGCUGCAUACCAGCUACCUCGUGUGACGACUCAUUGAGGGGACUGAACGCCAACGUCAAGUUUUUCCAGCUGUCUAACGUCCGUAUCCCACGUGAAGUUGAGGAACAGUUCAUGACAACAAUCAUCCUCGGGGAGAAGGAUCUGAGGGAAAAGUUGUUACAGAACGCAACUAUUAUUCGGAAAUCGACAAAUGCUGAGGUACAAGACAUUAAAAACAAGGCUUCUGAAGUUGUCCAGAAUUCUACGGCUGAAGCACAACGCAUCUUCACCGUCUCGCAGGCUGAAUAUACGAACACCAUUGAGACCGCUCGAUCCACCGGCCUGAAACGGUUGUACUCUGACUUGAAAAUCUCCAACCAGGAACAGAAGAACAGCUUCGACUACCUUCGCACCCUACGAGGCUUGAAGAACGUGCAUCUUACUGUGGACUUUGACCAACGAAUUGCAGGGUCUUUGAACUAAGAUAGUUUUACAUCAUGUUAGUGUUAUAAGGGGAGUUUUUAAAAAUGCUUAAGCAAUUGGCAUGGGUAGAUCUUGUUUUAUUCCUAUACUAUUGUUUCAUUCUUUAUGAGUCAGAUUUUUCAGUAAAAAAUUAAGAUAUCAGGUGUUGUUUUUAAAAAGAGGAGAUUAUUUCAUAGAAUGCAUUAACAACUUUUUUUGCAUACUUUUUUGUCAAAAACAAAUUUUAAGCAAUAGUAAUUGAUACUUAUUAAAAAUCACCUACCUUUUCAUUUGAAUUAUUACAUUAUUUAGUGACUGCUUUUGACUUGGCCUUUGAAAUUGUAUCUUUUUUAUUCUUAUUGCUUUGUUCAAGAAUAAUUAUCAUUGGACUUUAAAAAUACAUCUAACAAUGAAUGCCACUAUCCUUCAUUGAUAAGAUACCAUACUGUCAUUCAAAAUGUCCAAUUUCUGCCUGUAGCAGUUCAUAUAAUUCCUACUUUUUGUAACUUUUGUUUUCAUAGAUCAGUAAGAUUUUUUAGCUUAACAUUUUAGAAAGCUUUGAUGUCAGAUCAAGCAAUCUUUUUGUAUGGCAGAGGUUUAUCAUGGCAGCUAUGUGCUCAUGACUUUUUAUUUGCGAUAGAGUUGUAAAUUUGUUAGAUCAAUCCUUUUUGAUGGAUAUAGAUGUCUUGCAAUCAAUAUUUUCUGAUGGAAUUGUAGUCAUGCUGUGAUCAGUACUCUCUGAGGAAUUUAUAGAUGUGUUGUGAUCAAUACUCUCUGAGGAAUUUAAAGAUUUGUUGUGAUCAAUACUCUCUGAGGGAAUUUAAAGAUGUGUUGUGAUCAAUACUCUCUGAGGAAAUCCAUAGAUGUGUUGUGAUCAAUACUCUCUGAGGAAAUCCAAAGAUGUGUUGUGAUCAAUACUCUCUGGGAGAAACCUAUUAAUGUGUUGUGAUCAAUGCUCUCUGAGGAAAUCCAUAGAUGUGUUGUGAUCAAUAUUUUCUGAGGGAAUCCAUAGAUGUGUUGUGAUCAAUAUUUUCUGAGGAAAUCCAUAGAUGUGUUGUGAUCAAUAUUUUCUGAGGAAAUCCAUAGAUGUGUUGUGAUCAAUAUUUUCUGAGGGAAUCCAUAGAUGUGUUGUGAUCAAUAUUUUCUGAGGAAAUCCAUAGAUGUGUUGUGAUCAAUACUUUCUGAGGGGAUCCAUAUAUGUGUUGUGAUCAAUACUCUCUGAGGAAAUCCAUAGAUGUGUUGUGAUCAAUACUUUCUGAGGGAAUCCAUAGAUGUGUUGUGAUCAAUACUCUCUGAAGGAAUCCAUAGAUGUGUUGUGAUCAAUAUUUUCCGAAGGAAUCCAUAGAUGUGUUGUGAUCAAUAUUUUCCGAAGGAAUCCAUAAAUGUGAUGUGAUCAAUACUUUUUGAAUGAGUUGUAGAUGUGUUGUGAUCAAUACUCUCUGAGGGAUUCUAUAGAUGUGUUGUGAUCAAUACUUUUUGAAUGAGUUAUAGAUGUGUUGUGAUCAAUACUUUCUGAGGGAUUCUAUAGAUGUGUUGUGAUCAAUACUUUCUGAGGGAUUCUAUAGAUGUGUUGUGAUCAAUACUUUUUGAAUGAGUUAUAGAUGUGUUGUGAUCAAUACUUUCUGAGGGAUUCUAUAGAUGUGUUGUGAUCAAUACUUUUUGAUGGGACCGUACAUAGAUGUGUUGUGAUCAAUACUUACCGAUAGAUGGCUGACUUGUUUUUAUAGCGUAUAGUGUAUGACUUUUCAUUUUAAAAAAUACACCUAGUUUGCUUUUUACACUCCCUGUUGUAAUUCAUUGAUGGUUGUUUUUGAAGACAAGGUCCUAUCUACCAGUUAUAUGGUACUUCAUGUCAAAAUCUUUUGAGCCAAAUAUAUUCAGUAUUUGAUAUGUUUCAAAUAUAUGAACAUUGUUUAUACUUUUUAAUCUUUCUUGUUCCAUUUAUGCUCAUAAUUUUGCUACUCACAGAUUACAAACGUACACCUAUACACCUAGACUUUCAUUUCGUGCAAUUAUUGUUGUAAUUGUGUUUGUCUAUUGUUUUACACUUUUAUAGUAGUUAUGGUUUGAAAUGGUUGUUAUAAACUAGUUUCUGGUUUCAAUAUCGAUCCACGACUGCACACAUAAAUUUUGUAUCAGCUAAACAAAAUGUCCUAAGAAUCACAGAUAUUAAAGAUGUAAUGAAAACUCUUACACAUGUGUAGUUUUUUAUAAAAUAUUUUUUUUAGGAAAAGUAAGUCUGUUGAAUUUGGGAAAAACCAAUGUGACAAAGAUUGAUUUUGAAUACCCUAGUUUUGAAACAAUUUGCAAAGGUAUCUUUAAACUAUCUCAUACAUACGGAGAGCCAUUAGUAUGUACUAUUGGUAAUUCUGUAUUGUAUUUGACUGCUGAAAUUGUUAUUUUCUUAAUUUUCUAUCUAAAUUUGCAGGUAUAUUAAGUUUUUUAUUUUGAUAGAAUACUCAAAAUACUUUGAAACAAAUGUUUGUGGUAUAUUGUCUUAAAGUUGUACUAUACUGAGCAGGGCGGUCAAACUCAUUAUUUAAGUUCAUGUUAACUGUAUGGAUAAAACUGUUUAGUACUUUACUUAGCCAUGUUAGGGAUUUGAUUUUCUGUGGUGAAUCAGCUGAAAUUAAAAUGUUCAUUUUCCUAGGAUUACUAUUUGUAAUAACUAAAGAAUUCAUUUUUUGCGUUUUCCACUAACAUGUUAUUGCCUCAUUUGAUUUUCCAUGCAACUUUUACAUAAAGCACUUGUUUUGCUUAAAUUUUGUUAGUGAUAGUAUUUUAUUUGCGACAUUUGCUUACAUCAUACUAUCAUACACUAAGAUGCCUGUACACUCACGUGAGAUAUAUUUUAUGUUUCAUAAUUAUAUUGUGCAUUUUAUACUUAAAACAUGUUUACAGCAAGGCCGACAACAUACCGUAAGAUCAAGAACUUCAGUAAAACACAUGAGUCACACAAACUUAUUCAUAAGUUUAACAUUCAAGUGCCUUAACUGACAAUUAAUGGUUUUGAAAUUGAGAGUAAAACUUCUCAGAGAAUAUUGUAUAAAAAAGCCUUUGUAAGGUACAGGCAUUAAUAAAAAGCAUGGUUACAAUCUUGUUAUCAGUAAUUAAUAUUUUCCAUAAAUGCAUUAUUUAGUAAAUAGUUAAAGUUUUAUCAUUCAUUUGAGAAAAGUGUCACUUUAAAUACUCUUUGGGAGUUAACCUUCAAUUGAGGGCUUGAAAUGUUUGGUUUGUCUAUUACAGGGUGGGGAUUUAAAUUGUGAAAUUUGCUUGUGAGUAUCUUCUCUGCUCUGUAAUGUAAGCUGCUUUAAACAGUUUGGAUUCAUACUCCUGUUUACUGCAAAUUGUGAUGGACAGAGUUUUUGAGUACUCUCCCUUCCUUUAGAAGUGAUCUACCUCUGCACAUAUAUGCUCCAAUCAGGGUCUCGUUUUGCUAUAUGGACUGUAUUUAUCCCUUUUUUUAAAAGUCCACGGGUCCAUAUUCACUAAUGUCAAAGUCAUUAUAUUUGGCAAAUGUUAACAAAUAAUAGAAAAACCAAGAUAUUCACAAUUAACAUGUACAGCAAAUUUCAUCAUCUGCACUUUGCUGAUACUUAUUUUAAAACCAAAUCAAGAAUAUCUUUUGGAGUCUUCAGUAACCACGGCUCCCCAGAUCUGGGCGUAUACAAGGGAUAGCCGGGGAAAUGGGCCUUGUUUUUACCUUUUCAGUCGCUCCGCAGUGCCGGGUGAAUGCUGUGUUUUUUUCUUGAACCAAAUAUAGGGGGAAUGGGCCAUACCGAGGGUCCUUGGGGUGUGGGAGCAUUUGGCGGGGAUUUUACUACCAGUUUGUCCCUGCAUGGUGUGGAUUUUACCCAGGCUUGGCUUGACCGAAAGUCAAAGUCCCGGCUAUUCCCCAGACCUGGGGGUCAUGGUUACAAUUGACUGGUGCAUUACACUGGCAAUCGUAAUGAAUAUGGGCCCAGGGCUGUCAUAUACCCUAUAUUGUCUCUUAUUAUGUGAUAGUCUUCUUUAUGGAUAUUUACUCAAUAAUUACUAUGUAUUUUAAUCGUUUGUAUUGUAUUUUAUACACAUUAUUUCAAUAUUGUAUGUUAUAGUAUUUUUCCUGGUAGAACAUUACCAUGGUAUUGCAUGUUGUAUUACCAAUAAAUACCUUAUAUGAAA